CUUGCGGCGGGAGGGAGGACGGGCCCGGCCGCGGAGGCUUUGCAAGGUGACGCCGUGCCCUGCUCACUGGGGGCUGAGGAGCAUGAUGAGGUCCCGAAACACCUCUCGGAGACAGCGGCGCUCACAGGGGCUUGCUGAGGGCGAAAUGGGGCCGUCACCGAGGCACCGGCAUUCCCUCCCUGUUUUUUCCUACUUGACAGGCGAGAUGCCUGUGACUGUGGGCCCGUACGGGCAAUCGCAGCCCAGCUGCUUUGACAGAGUAAAGAUGGGUUUCAUGAUGGGCUUUGCAGUGGGCAUGGCAGCAGGAGCACUGUUCGGCACGUUCUCCUGCCUCAGGAUUGGCAUGAGAGGACGAGAGCUGAUGGGUGGAGUUGGCAAAACGAUGAUGCAAAGUGGUGGGACGUUUGGGACAUUCAUGGCUAUUGGUAUGGGAAUCCGCUGCUAACCUGGAGCUUGGGUUUUAACCCAGAAUGCCCCUGUCCAGCCUUUCCUCCUCUGUACCAUAAUAAAAUCUUUAGAUACCUGGAAGUGAGAGCUCUUCAUGAAAUGGUGAACCACCAUCCUCCUUCCUCUGCUGUUGUAAACAUGCUCUUUACCAAAUUCCUACUUUCCUCCUGUCUCUUCCUCCCACAGCAAUGAGAAUUAAUAAUCCUUUGUACUACAUUAAAGUUCCUAUUUCAUAGGUGUAAGCACAGUGUGCACAUUUCUCCCUUUGGUUCCUCAGGCAGCUCACAUUCACCAUCUGUUGAUGUGGAGGCGCUCCAUUGCAUUCGUGCAUUCCCGAGCCUAGGAGAGUUACUCUGUGGAUAAGUUGGAUCAGCUAUCAAAUUUCUCCUCUUGCAAAACCAGGUGGGGUGAAGCUGACCCCACUUCUGAGGUCCAGGUAAUACAGGGCAAAUGCCCUCACAGAGAGCAAGGGACCCGAGAAGGACUUGGGUGAGUCCUGAAGCAGCAGCUAGGGCACCUUCCUCCAGCCAGCCUGGCAGCAUAUGGGGCGCAGAAAGCAGUCAGGGAACAGCACAGAGCAGGCAUACCCAUGCUGCUAGAGCUAAAAACCAUUCAGCUGCUGGAAAAAAGAACAGGUCCUGUAACAUGACAGCUAGAGGUAUUUUGUGAGAGUCACAAGGAUGACACCAGACCUAGGAGACAUAACCUGCCUGUCAGGCCUUGAGCAAUGCUGUUGCUAAAUCUCUGCCUUCAGGACUGGCUGUGCUGCAAGUUACUGUGUUAUCAGCAUAGCUCAGCUUGACCACCCCACCUCCUUCACAGCGCUGAAGGGUGGUGUCUAACAGCUUCAGCAAGGCGAGCUGCAGUCUGCCCUACAGCCCUUCUAGAGAAGGGAAGGACAGAACCCAUGCUUGCGGCUGCCUCCAGUGAUAGGAACUUGCAGUGGCUUCUUUCAUCCCCUCAGCAAAGGAAGGGGGCUCUAUCUGUAGGACAGUGCUCCACCGGCAGAGUCUCUCCCUCCAAUCUGCCUUAACAGGUCUCCAAGGAGCUCAGCGCUUCCCAGGGAGAGCAGGGGAUUCCUCCCUGCCACUUGCCAGCCUCUGUAGCAGUGCCUACAGCCAACUACGAUGAGUUCAGUGUUGCAAUCUUGUUAUUUGCCUUUUGAAACAAGGCUUGCCUUUGCUCCUCCUUUACUUCUGUUUAAGGAUAGGACAGAUCAGCAGCAGCAGAACCUGAAUGAGCACCAAUACAGCCUUCACCCAGCACAAGCACCAUUUCCCCAGUUUUUAAGGGAGAAACAUAAAUCUGCCACCAAAAGCCUGCUCACUCUCUGCUGUCAUGCAGCUCAGUAACCUCCCAACAGAGAAACUCUGCCAGCAGCCACCAAGUCAAGCAGCACAGCUGUUCUGGAACACCUCCAGUUUUACCCUAACAGGCACUGGUGGGUUAAUACUGGCAAAUAAAAAUAGAAGGUCAAGCAAAACUAGAGAGCAGCUUUGCUUGGCUUCCUUCAGCUGUGUCAUGUAAUCCAAAUACACCCUCCCACAGAACAUUCCUGCCUCCUGCCCGCAUUUCCCUUUGUGCUGCCUCCCAUCUCCCACUCCAGCAGUCCAGGAGGGAGCCACAGGAAACAGCCUCUUGCCCUAUGUACGCCCUGAACAGCAGCACCCAGGACACUGGGGACCAGGUCACCACUACAUUCAGUCCCAGGCACUGGCAGCAUCCCUGCCCAGCCCAUUUUCACCCACCUAGGUGGAACCCGCUCUCUGCACCUUUGUCAAAUGCAGCUUUUGUGAGCCAGUGCUUAAGAGUGGCAGGGAGGGGGAAGGGAGUACUAAGAGGGCAACCCACUCAGGCAGGUUUCCCUGCAGAAACCAGAUGAAAAGCCAACAUGAAUUACUCCUACAUCCCCAUGAUUCACAACCAUUUGUGGAAGAUGGGGGCAGAGGGGGAAGUGAUCUCUGGAAUGAAUCUGCAGCAGGCCUGAGAAAGGGCCAGAGCUGUCCCCUGCCCAGGCAGUGAGACAGCCCACAGGCCCUGGACCACCAGGGAGGGUUCAGGACAGCAGGAACCAGCUCCUGACUUUUCUCCUGGAGGAGAGGGUGGUACUCCAAACAUCCACCAUCCCAAGGCAUCUCUCAC